AUGGUAAAAAAUUGUCAUUUACCCGUGGAGCUCGAACAUAAAGCCUAUUGGGCUUUAAAAACUUGCAAUUUUGAGACGAAUGAGUUGCGUGCCAAUCGAAUUUUGCAAAUGAAUGCUUUGAAAGAAUUGAGGAAUGAGUCUUACACUAACUCAUUGAUUUAUAAUGACAAAACCAAAAGAUGGCAUGAUGCAAGGUUGAAGGGUAAUAAGGAGUUUGAAGAAGGGCAAAAAGUUCUUUUGUACAAUUCAAGAAUAAAGCUCUUUCCAGGAAAAUUGCACACUCAUUGGUGCGGGCCUUUUACAAUCAAGCAUGUAUAUCCAUACGGGGUGAUUGAGUUAUGGAGCAAGGAUGGGUCGAGCUUUAAAGUCAAUGGGCAUAGGAUCAAGAAAUACGAAAAGGGAAUGCCAAAGGAUGAAGGACUAAAAGAAGGCUUGGACUUGGAGAAAGCCGAUGCAACGUAG